AUGCUGCGCACCCACACGCCGAAUGAAGUCCCGCUGUUUUUUCCAUGUGUGGUACACAAAGUCAGCACAAGUCAAACUUGGCAGUUGGGUAUUGUCAAUGACGACAUAUCUGCAGUAAUCGCUUGUGCAUUGGCUAUGUCAGGGUCUGGCAGCGUGGACAUGUUUCGCAGGUGCCUGCUGCAAGUGAUGAAGGAAAGGCUUGACCUGAUCCACACUGAACCUCCAGGGGGCCACAUUGAGGCCAAUCGAAAGGCUGUGUAUGACCUGUUUUUGAGCAGCAGUUUAUCCCGCCUCGAGGGCAGUGCGACUGUCAAGGCGCGCCGCCAGAGGCAACGACUUGUCCUGGACACGUUUUUGGCUGGCGAUCUGGAGGCUUCCCGUGUUGGCUUUUACACGCGAGGGAAGCCGCUCACUUAUGCUGAUGCCGAGGUGAUCCUAGCUGAGCAGAUUGUCCCUGCACUGGUACCGACAACCUUACCAAUCUUCCCGCGCCAUCGGUGGCUUGGAGGGGAGGCCACCCUUGAUUGGCUAGGGCUGGUGCAGGCUCAUCAUGGCCUGCUUGGGCCAACGUUGGAACGCAUGCUUGGGCCUAUGAAGACGAACACGCCUGUUGUCGAUGCAGGACAAGUGGCUUCGUCGUGGGAUGGUACUGUCGAGGCAGCUGUGCAGUGGGCACAGGAAUCCGCCAAAGAGGACGGUGAUGGUCAGGCGGGCGAGGUUUCUGCCCCUGUACCAUUACCAUUGCCAGCUGCUCCCGAAGAAAACAAGGACGCCGCCGCUUCGCAGAAUUGGGCGGAACUGAAGAAAUCGUUUCAACAAAAAGUUCGACAAUGGGUGGCAAAGAGGGACCUCAACGUUUUGGCUGUGGUUCGAAAUGCCAUGACCGUUGUGACCAGCUUAUUUUACGGCUUUCUGAAAAAGGCUGCUCCUGAGUGGGAACGACAACAACAACAUCGUUGCUUGCAAGGACAAUGUCGCAAGUACCGCGCAACUGAAUGUGCGAUUGGAAGUGAUCUGGUGCGUGCUUUUGAUCGAAUCAGCAUCCUCCUGCACAGUCCCAUUCGUGCCCUACCUACAACAAGCUGGAAGAUGGGGUUCAAAGUCCUGAUGCUCAGGCUGCUGGCGAGGAUAGCAGGUGCACUUCACUUCUUCCUCAGAAGCUCUUUCCAAAAGUGCCCGUACCUGGUCUUUGGAUUGUUGGAUGAGGGGCGCCGCGAAAAAAUUGUCCAGGAGCUGCAGGGCAUGCCACCAUGUGUCCGCGACGCUUUCACAAGCCAUUUCAUGGAUGCCUUCCCGGGGACAGCCAUCGUCAGCCAAGAAGCUCUAGGCCAUUUGCAUGCUGUGGCGGUGCUCGCAGACGUAGAUGUUUCUGGGAUUGAGUGCAGGCAUGCAAUGAUUCGCAAGCUGUUGGACCAGCGUGGCAUGACAUGGUCGCCUGAGUUGGAGUUGGUGAGUGCAGAUUUCCUCUGCAGACAAGCAGCUCUCCUGAUGAAUGCCAAGACGUGGCACGGACGGCGCUUUCAAUUGAGGGAUGCACUGCUCAAGAAGUGGGCACAAGCUCAUGAGCUGCAAAAGAACCUUAACAUUGAAGAACUCAAAGAGCCAGAGGCUUUGACUGUUUGUGCUUCCUUGGGCUUUUGCGUGUGCGACGAAACGAGCCAGGACUACAAAGCUUACCGCUUUCACUGCAAUUUUGUGGCGCUGUUGAAGCCACAUGUUAUUAAGCCUCGGAAAAAGAAAGGUGAGACUGCUACAAAGCCGCCGCCAGAGGGGCGUCUGCUGCUUGAAGGAACUUGGCUUGUUUGCAGACUUACACCAUCACGCACGGACGAUGUGCAGAAGGAUGAUGUGGAUUCAGAGCCCGAAGGGUGUGCGUCCUCUUCUGCUUCGCAGCCAUCCAGCGCUUGGGGGAGAGCAGCUGCAGCAAAGCUUGCUCAGAGGGCACGGGAAUUGCCAGUGGAAGUUUUCUUUCUCAUCAGCUAUGUGAAUUUCAGCAGCUAUCGAUUUGCUCUUUUGGCUUUGGAGUGUGCUGAGAGUGGGCAAAUUCCGGCCCCGAACAGCAGCGCGCAUUUGAAGAUGCGUGUGCCCAGUGACAUUCAAAUCCAAACCUCAUUUGAAUGCUUCCGCUUGUUGGAUAUGACUUUGUCAUGGACCGCGAGUUUUUACCGAAUUGUUGAACAUGGCAACGUGCACGAGGAGCUAAUCGACCCCGACGACAUGCGCCCAAACACAUUUACUGUUUGUCCUACAAGUGCAGUUGGAAGCUGGCGCCCAUGGCAUGGCCUGACUGAAGAGUCCCUCAAGAAGGCUGGGGAGAGGCGGCAGAACCGGCCAAGCAAGCGGAAGCGCGAACGAAACCAGUCUGUGGGCCCUCGCAAAAAGCAGGCCAGAAACCUGAAACGUGCCCGGGAUCGUGGUCCUGCCCACAGCAUUCGCAACAGGGACAAGGAGGAUGAAAUUGAAGAUGAUGAUGCCCUUGCUGACAGGCAUGAUGCUGAUAGCAGCGAGGGCUGUGAUUUGCUGUCCGAUGUGCAUGAAGAUGAGGAGAUGGCGCCUCCAGACGUGAGCGAUGAGGACAGUCUUGGCGGCUACGCUCCCAGCGAGCCAGCUGGUGAUGGAAUGGGCCAGGUACCCCCUGGGUACGAUGCAGAUGACUGGCAG